AUGGCGGUAAUGGAGAGAUUGAAAAUGUUCGUAGUACAAGAGCCUGUAGUGGCUGCUUCAUGUCUAAUCGCUGGUUUUGGCCUUUUCCUUCCUGCAUUUGUUAGGCCAAUGCUUGAUUCCUUUGAAUCAUCAAAGCAAGUCCCUCUACCUGCUCCAAGUGAUGUGGUUACUGGUAUAACUGGGAAGAAACAAGGGUAA